UCUAUACAGGGGCCAUUUACCUUCCGUCAGUCGCAUCGCAGUAACCGUCCGAGAAAAGGAAGUUCCAAUAUUGCUGAAUUUAUACAUUUGUUUAAAAUCACGUUAAUAUAUUUUAACAUUAAAAAUUACAGCAUAGUUAUCUUAGUAUAAUAAUAAUAUUGUCUUUGACAACAGAAAGAAGAAUAUAUAUUUUGGAGACUUAAACGCAGAUCAAAUUAUGACCAACAAACAGGCUAUAGGAUGGGCCUUCCUGUGCCUGAUGGGAACCACAUUGAUGGCGCCUGCCGUAUUAACUUACCCCCAAGAACAUCGUUCUUCUCAAACACCAAGUCAAUAUGAACCUCAACGUCCCGUCUAUCAAGGAAAUUACCCGGUGUAUCAACCCGAACAAGAUGCAAGAAAAUUCGUCGAAAAACCGAAUGCCAGCAAAAAAGUGGUGUCGUCGACUGGAGUUGUAGAAGAUCGCAAUGACUUGGAAGACGUACAAACUAAUUCUAUUUCGCAAGACGCGGCAGGUGGUUUUUCGUGGAGCAGUGUAUUGGGAAUGAUUAUGCAAAUGCUGUUCAAUCCAGCAAGCCAGGCCGCAGGACCAAGUAAAUCAGACGUUUUGGACGGUGAUCAGGCUAUCGCUCCGACAUCGCCCUGGGCUAAUUUGUUAUCUGUAGGUCUGAAAAUUUUAACCGCGUUUUUGGGCGGUGGCAAUGUAGCGGGAGACGGAAUUGACAAAGUGGAUAACUCUUCGCCAAUGCAGGGUGUAUUGGCGGCGGUCUUAUCUACAGUACUUGGCAGCAGGGAUCCCGAUCAAGUGGCCACCAUGGCCAAACAAGCUGGAGAGUUCAUCAAUAUUGUUGUCAAUCUUUUGGAUGCUUUGAAGACAUCAUUCAGUCACAGAUCUAUGUCAGCUAGAUCUUUGGGCAAAAAGGACACUAUGUCCGACGCAGCUGUAGCCAGCUUAUCCAUGUUCAAAGGAUAUAUGAAAACCAUGAAUACGGCUAAUGACGUUUGCGCUCAGAAGUUUGUAUGCGAAGCUAACAAAGAAUGUUCAGGUGAAACAUCAAGUUCUAGUGCCAUAUAUUGUCAGCUUGGAACAUACGCAACAAGUUUCUUGCUACAAAGGACUGGUAAUGCACCUUUCGAAGUAUAUUAUGACGCCGGAAGACGUGGACGAUCUGGAGAUGACUGUCGUCAACUCUACUUGGCCUGUAACGAAGUUUAAAUUCCAGUUUCCAGCGAUCAUACAAAUUAAAUAAUAGUUUUUUCCACUCAAAAAUACCUUAUCUUAACAGUUUCAUAUUCCAAUAUCUAAAGCAGCUCACCUUUGAUUUCAAUCCGAUUAAAAACAAAGAUCUCGUCUCUGAAAUUGACCAUUUAAAUGUACACAAUACAAAUCCGCAUUGGUUUCUUAUUAGGAUUAUUAGGAUAAUCUUUUAUAACAUAUAUAUAUACUUUUUUUUUACUGAGUAUUAUACUUUAUAUUUAUUCCUAUUGUUUGUAUAACAAUACACUUUGUACCAUAGUAGUCUGACCUAUUAAUUAUGUAUAUUUUUUUUAAUUAUUUAUACUUUAUUUAUUUUAAUUUAUUGUUUUUAAUAAAUUAUUAUAGGGAUUACUUUUAAAUAGAA